GGGAGCAGCAGGAUUCAGAGAGCUGCAGGCGACCGUGCUGACAGCGCCGUCCAUACUCCACCCGGCAGGCUACUCCCGGGCUCCCAGCCUGCCCGCCCGAGCAUGGAGCUGACUAGAAGCAUGGCUUUCUUCGCUCUGCUGGCCCUCUCCCUGUGGAGCGUCCUGCCAGCGUCCGGCAGCAACGACGCCCUGGACUGCUGCCUGAGAACGAGCCAAGUCCCCAUCCCCCGCAAAAUCGUGCUGGACUACGUGGUGCAGCGGAUCCACGACGGCUGCCCCAUCCACGCCGUGGUGUUUAUCACCGUGAGGGGCAAGCAGCUCUGUGCCCCUCCCCAUGCCCACUGGGUGCGGCGUCUGACAGACAGGCUGGACAGUGUGUACCAGAGCAAGGACAACCUCUGGAGCAAGUAGACCGGAGGAGCCUGCGGCUGGCCCACGGCCUGGCGAUGGGAAAGGGGCUGAGAGAUGAUCGUGACGCCUGCGAACUCUGCAUUCCCCUUUCAGCGUGUCCGGCUGCAGGGCAACAGCUUACACUCCUUGGGACUGAAUCCAGUGUGACCGCACUGCCUCCCCUUGAAGAUCCCCGCUUUCUACUCUCUGCUCUCUGCUCUGCCCUGGGGAGUCUCCCUUGGCUUCUGUGACUUGUCAAGCUGAGUGCGGCUGGACUGGGAGCGCCCCAGGCCUGCCAGCUGCGAGCGACACAGGGCGUGCCGGCUGGCACUGCUCUGAGCGUAACCCGUUCCACACCGAAGCUCUCUCACAAUGAGCUGGGCACCUCCACAGUGCCUGGGCAGGCCCUCGCGGCACCCCCGGGAAUUAGGGAGGUCUCUGCGCUCAGUGGCUUCAACUCAGCCAUGGCAGGUGGCAACUGACGGCUGGUACAGCCUGGCUGGCUGCGCCGUGGCCAUGAUGUGAGAUGAGUUUGGUAGGUCUCAGCCCAGCCCCUAGUGGGGAGGUGCCCACAUUAGAGACACCACAACUGGCACUGAAUGGCCCCUUUGCGGGCACAGACCAUGGACUGAAUGGGCCACAGAGACUGAACUUUUGUCAGUCUAGAGGGGUCCCAGAAGGGCAGGGUGCAGUCACACGGGGGGAGCCAAGUCUAGCUGCUGCCUGCGCUGUCCUAUCUUGGGUCUCCUGGCCUGCCAAUCCGGCCCCGUUCUCCAGCCCCGCAUUCCCUGCAAUCCCUUCUGAAUGUUGGCAAAUUUGGGCACAAAACCUGUUUUUCUUUUUGCCAACCCCCACGCCGGCCGGCCUGUCCUGUGCCUCCUGCCCUGCGAAUGCUUCUGUACCAAGCAGCCAGGGCGGCGCCAAGGGAGUCACUGAGGGGAACCCCAGUGGGCACUUUUGCAGAGCCACUUCCGGGUGGUGAGAGCGUGGUGGCUAACGCACGGCAGCGCUGGCCCUCAGCGAUGCGUCGGGCUGGCUUGGGGGGGGGGGAGGUCAGUUCCGUUCCUUUAAAGCCACCAGGGUUUUCCUUCCCUGAGCAGCAUAGCGCUGAGCUGACCACGCCAGGGCUGGAGACGGAGCGCGGCAAAAGGCCAGGCGAGAAGCGUGUUGCUCCAGUUUUUAAUUAACAAUAAAUACAGCAAUAACCUGGGACGUGUGACCAGUCCUGGAGCUUAGGUCAGCCCGGGGGAGCAGUAUGGUUGGCAGAAGGGGUGGAGAGAGGAAAGCAGCGUGGUACCGUGUCCAGGUCGGGCAGCCCAGGUAUUGGAAGCAGCAUGCGAUAAGGCCUGGGCCAGCCAGGAGCGGAGGAGACUGAGACAGCGUGAGGGGAGGACUGGCUUCACCGUGAGUGACAGCUGGGCAGCCCGCCACGGCGGGCCAUUCCCUGGCUACUCCUCCAGGCAGGAACGGGUUUCUCCUUCCCAUCAGAGACUCCAGGACCCCCAGGGCUCCUCUGCUGUUCUGAAUCCGACUGAUCUUGGCCUGUGUCUAGACGCCCCCGGCCGGGUGUCAGCAGCUCCAUGCAAUUGCCGCGGGCUCUGUUUGCUGUUGUGAAUUACAGGGGAAUUUGCUCUUUCUCGCUCUCUCGCUCGCUCUCCCCUUUUUGGCUGUGAUCAAAAUGAUUUUUUAAAAUAAAAAUA